AGAUGACACUGCUCAACUCCCGCUGGGAAAACCUGCGGGUCGCCAGCAUGGACCGUCAGUCCAGACUUCAUGAAGUUCUGAUGGACCUUCAGCAACAGCAGCUCCAGCAGCUCUCCGAUUGGCUGACCACAACGGAGGGGCGGAUCCGUAAGAUGGAGAAAGAGCCAAUAGCAGGAGACUUGGAGGGAUAUCUGGCCCAGAUAGAGCAGCACAAAGUUUUGCAGAAUAAUCUGGAGCUGGAACAGGUAAAGGUGAACUCUCUCACGCACAUGGUUGUGGUCGUGGAUGAGAACAGCGGGGAGAGUGCCACUGCUGCCCUGGAGGAACAAUUGCAGUCACUGGGGGAGCGCUGGGCGGCAGUGUGUCGCUGGACGGAGGAACGCUGGAACAAACUCGAGGAAAUUCAGCUUGUGUGGCAGCGGCUGCUUGAUGACCAGAGUUUGUUUGGAUCGUGGCUAGCAGAAAAGGAGAAGGCCUUGAGUGAAGUUCAGACCAGUGAUUUUAAAGACCCUAGUGAAAUAAAUGCCAGCGUGCGCAGAUUAGCCAAUCUCAAGGAGGAUAUGGCCCAGAAGCGAAGGGCCCUGAGUGCUCUGUCAGAUGCUGGACAGGAUGUGAUGGUGCUGUUAAACAGUCCAGCUGCAGCUCAGAGGAUCGAAACAGACACAGACCUACUGACUCAACGCUGGGACAACCUGGUCCAAAAACUAGAGGACUGCUCCAGCCAAGUAACCGAAGCGGUGUCUGUGACUGCGAUACCCCAGGUACCGGAGAAGGUUGUCAUGGACACAGUCACAACAGUAACAACACGGAUGGAGCAAAAACCUUCACCAGCAGCGAUCGAGAGCUGCCGCCACCUGCCCCACCUAAAAGACGACAUCUGGAUACAGACGGCGAGCUCAGGAGACUCUGAAACUGAUGUUCGCAAGCUUUUAUCACGGCUGGCUGCAUGGAAGUCAUCUGCCCGAGCUGCUGGAGACACGCCUGCUCUGAAGGAAAAACUACAGACCCUGCGAGUGGAGCUUGCUGAAAACGAGGGGGACAGUGAAAGACGUGGUGCAGUAAGGAGAGAAGAUGAUUGA